AGAAGACAGCUUCUCCAAACGCCGUUUCCUCUUUCGUCUGCAUACAACAACUCAGAAAACAACAUUAUGCUAGAGAGAGAGAGAGAACAUACUGUAGUAGUACAUACUUUUGCAGCUAUCGCUUUCUCAAAACAAACAUCUCUCAGAGUGUGUCUCGGAGAGAAAAAGAGAAAGAGAUAGAGUACGUUUUGAGUGAACCAACCAAGACCAACCUGUAUUGCUUUAUCCACUUUCGCUUUAUUAAUUUUUCACUCUCCACAAUCCUCACCACCACUCCCUCUUCCAAAUCAGACCCAACAACACGCAAAUUACAAGCCUACAUUGCCUCUACAAUCUCAAUUACCAUUCGGAAAUCACUACAGUUACUGACACAUGGGGAGUGUCUCCUCCGAAGACGCCUCCGAUGAGCCUUGCGGAAGCUACAGCUUGAGUGCGGAUGUGAGCGAGUCGGAGAGUGAGUGCAGCUUCUCGCGUCGCCCCUUCGCUACUGGAGGAGGUGCGUCCAGUUCGAUCCCCUCCUCUCCGCUAAAGACCGCAAAUUUCACUUUUCCGGCCACUGCGCAGCCGCCGGCGUUCACGUUCCCGCUGGUUUCCGGUAAAGAUGUGUUGGUUUCGGACGAGAAGCCAGAGAAACGUGAAGCCGAUUUGUCCGAAUAUGAGAUGAUGAAGGAGAGAUUUGCUAAGCUUUUACUAGGGGAAGACAUGUCCGGAGGGGGUAAAGGAGUAUGUACUGCACUUGCAAUCUCAAAUGCGAUCACAAACCUUUCUGCCACUGUGUUUGGGGAGCUAUGGAGGUUGGAGCCAUUGGCCUCACAGAAGAAGGCAAUGUGGUGCAGAGAGAUGAAAUGGCUGUUAUGUGUUAGUGAUUAUAUAGUAGAACUUGUACCGUCAAGACAACAAUUCCCUGAUGGACGCAUUUAUGAAGUCAUGGCCACGCGACCAAGGUCUGAUUUAUACAUGAAUCUCCCUGCACUCAAGAAAAUUGACGCUAUGCUAAUAGGUAUGCUAGAUGGGUUUCAAGAGACAGAGUUUUGGUACGUUGAUGGGGGCGCACUUGAGCCUUAUGCCGAGGUGUAUCCAUCUCCUACAUCUAGUGGGAGGCCUUCAAUUAGGCAGGAAGAGAAGUGGUGGCUCCCGUGUCCAAAAGUCCCUCCAAAGGGGUUAUCAGAGGAAGCAAGGAAGAGGUUGCUGCGGUGCAGGGACUGCACCGGCCAGAUAUUGAAGGCAGCUAUGGCAAUCAAUACUAGUGUGCUCGCUGAAAUGGAGAUUCCAAGUGCCUAUUUGGAGACCUUACCCAAGACUGGAAAAGCUUGUGUAGGCGAUGACAUAUAUCGCUACAUAACUGCUGAGCAGUUCUCUCCGGAAUGUAUACUUGGUCGCCUGGACCUGUCAUCUGAAUAUCACGCGCUUGAAGUGGCAGACAGGAUUGAGGCAGCUAUUCAUGUGGGGAAGCAGAAAGACCAGAGAAAACAUAAAAAUCACCUGAAAGCCAAGCGUUCAUCAUGGGGAGGCAAGGUCAAGCGGCUUGUUGCUGAUGGCGACAAACAUCUUAUACUAGCACAACGAGCAAUGACCCUAUUACGUAGCCUUAGAGUUCGUUUUCCUAGCCUCCCACAGACUGCUUUGGAUAUGAGCAAAAUUCAAUACAACAAGGAUGUUGGACAAUCAAUUCUUGAAAGCUAUUCAAGGGUAAUGGAGUGCUUGGCCUUCAAUGUAAUGGCAAGGAUUGACGAUGUUCUUUACGUAGAUGAUUCUACAAAACUAUGUGUUGCAGCAGAAUCAAUGUCCCUACGCAGCCGGGGAGGUUUGGGUGGUCUUCCUAUCCAAAAACGCAUGUCACCCAGUCCCUUCUCCAUCCAGCACACCCCUUAUUCAUCACCAUAUGCGACACCAACUUUAUGUUCUUCCCCUCCCGGAGUUCGAAGCCCAGGUAAGGCAACACAAUAUUCAGAAAAGAAUGGUCUUAAGCGGCACCAUUGCCAGAAGUUUGAAAUACCAAAGCCCGCUGACUUGGACAAACUGUGGUCAUAUGCUGGGAACCUUGGUUCCAGAAGAGCUUAUGGGGAUGCUCCUGAGCGUGAUUAAGUAGUUCAUUCACCAAUGUGACAUUUGGGAUGCUACGUUGGUAUAGUAGGGCUGGCAUGGUUAAACUGUGGUGGAUCAAAUUUGGGUUACCUCAUUUUUUAUCCUUGUAAGCUAAUGAGGCUCAAUUUUAGGUGGUUUAACGCUGUCUUGCUCUGCGUAUGAAAAAUAAAACUUUGCUUUCUCUGGGUGUAGCAAAAUCACCCUGUCUGUACGUAUUGCUAAGGACGACAAUCUUGUUAGAUUUCAGAAAUCAAGCGAUGCAAGAAACUUACCGAUGACAAA